AUGGACAGUUCUUAUUUUAUGCUAUAUAAAGAUAUUGGAAAAGUUUAUAGAAGCUCUUUUGGAAGACUUAAAGUGUUUAGCAAGCAACCCUCGCCGAAGAAUUAAGCUUAGCAAAGUAUGGAUAAAGAUAUAAAAAGUUAUACAAAUUCUGAUUUCUUUAACAGAAGAAAUAGCUAGAUUGAAAAUGCCACUAAAACAUCAACAAAUUUCUUUUCAGGAAUGUCGAAUAUCAAAUAAAAUAUUGACAUAAGAGCUAUUAACAGUAACUAAACUCACAGAAAAGUCCAAUCAAACGGAAAUUUAGAUUGGGUAUAAGAAUCUAAGAGUUCAUUUGUAUUAAAAAUCCCGAAACAACAGGACUAAGAAUUUCCAGAUUAUGGAUAAUUACAAAACAUUCAAAACUCUUAGGCCUCUCCCCAGAGUAUGUAUAGAUCUCAGGGAGUAAGAGAUUGUGAUUCAGGUUAUAACUUUUUCUAGGCUGUACUAACAACACCUAAAUACAACGCUCAAGAAAAUCAACCCUAACAGACCCCAAAUUUAUUGAAUCAAAAGAAUUUGCUGCCGAAAUAAAGAAAGGAUGAGGAUGUAGAUGAGCCUUCUGAAUUUUUUAGGCUGACUAAUAGCUUUAAAAAACCUUAUAGCCAUACCCGAAUCCUUAAGGAUCAUAAUAGGCGAAAAGCCCAAGAAAAGGAUUUCAGAUAAACUGAUUCAACCUUCUACCUCCACCAGUCUCAGAAUUUCAGAGCGACUUAUAUAAGAGCAGGAUAAUAAAAGCAACUGAGGACUAUGGAAUAACAUCUCGCUUAAUAUGGACAUCUCGCUGAAGAAUCAACGUAAGUAGGGCUUUUCCUAUUAAUGAUUAUCAAUGAUGAUGGGAAUGAUCCAUCAAAGAAAAAGAAAAUAUAGAAAAUGAUUAACGAAGUAAAAAUAUAGUAUGAGCAGCAAAUACAGUACCUAACUGAAACCUUUACUGAGGAGACUGAGCAGUUGUAUUAGAUAAUAUCUGAUCAAUCUAGAGAUAGUCUGUAGCUCUUAGCUAGAUUCAAUCAGCUUGAUUUCCUAUAUCAAAAUGUGAAAGGAGAUUAUGAAAUUCUGAUAUAAGGCAUCAAAACUGAACUAAGGAAUGAGCAAUAAAAUGCUUAAAGAUGUAUUGAUCAAUUCAAUGAUAAAUAGAAAGAAAUAGACUUUUUGAAAGAACAAGGAUAGGAAAAAGAUUAGCAGUUGGAAAUUGCUCGUGGAUAUAAAGCUAAUUUCAAAGUGAAAACAAACAAGCUCAAGGAAGUAAUUAGACUUUACUAGAAAAAGUAUCAUGACAUAGAUAUAAAGUUUAUGCAUGAGGAAAUCAACAGAUUAGGAAUGAUAAAGGACACUGCCAAGCACACAAUUCAUGAAUUUGAAAUUCAGUCUAAGUUAUAUUAGCAGGAUAUUAAACAACUUCUGGAUUACAUAGCUAUAAUGAUUACAAGUGGAUUUCAAAUAUUUCACUCCACAAGAGAGGCUAAUGAAAUGGAUGAAAUAGAUGAGGCUCCCACUUUGCUAGGCAUGCUGCAGUCUUCUGCUGCUAUUUAUCAUGUAACAAGUAGGAAGAAUAUAUUCAAAGUAAAGAAGCUAGCUUAAUACUCUGGCUAGUUUGCGAAAAAUCCAAACAAGCAAGAUGAGCCUCUGAUAACUGGGACUGAUGAUAAGGAGUCUUUAUAAUCUUUUACUAAUAGCGCUAAAGAGCACGGCUCAACAAAUCAACUUAGAAGGCCAUCAAGUAAACAAAUUAAGCGUAGCGAUCUAAGUUAGAAUGAGAAAUUAGAUGAUCCAUUCGGGGAAAAUUUAUAAAUUGACUAUGACAAUGAUAAGUCUCGAUUCAGAGAAGAUUUUGAAAAUUAUCUUGUUAAAAAGGGAAAUUACCAAAUCCUUAGGUGA